AUGGUCUAUCGAGGACUAUGUGGGCCGUUGAGCCACAUCCCAGGGCCGCUCGUCUCAAGGUUUACUCGGUUGAGACUCAAGGUGGCAGUCCUACAGGGUGAACGAGUGCGAUACAUCCACCGUCUUCACGAGCAAUAUGGACCCAUCGUCCGUGUGUCAACAGAGGAGAUCUCGCUCGCGGACAUCAAAGCAGCCAAGAUCGUCUACAAAGUCGGCGGGCUAUAUCUCAAGAGUGACUUCUACGAUGCCUUCACCGGCCGUCAGCCCGUUGGGAACGCCUUCUCGAUGGUUGACUUCCAUGAGCACAGUCGGCAUCGGAGACUGACAUCUGCAAAUUUCACCGAGAAAUGGAUCUCAAACAUGGAGCCCUUCAUCGCGGACAUUACCAGAUCCGCCACGGCGCGAAUGGCUGAUGAAGCGAGCCGCCACGGGUUUACCGACGUCUUUAAGUGGUUCACAUUUAUGGCCACUGACGUGAUCGGGGAGUCUAGCUUUGGCACCAGCUUCCGCAUGGUCGAAAGAGGACAGAAAGACCAGUACAUCAGAGACCUCGAGAACGUUACUGGCAGCGGAGUGAUCCGUUCAGAGUUCUCUCUCUUCUUCAGGAUCAUGAAGCAGAUUCCGGUCGGCCCGGCAAAAGAGAUUGCCAACAUCAUCAAAAGGUUGCAAUCCUACGGUAGAGAGAGUAUCGAGCGGUACUACACUUCUCUGAAUGCGGAUCCUGAGCACGUGAAACCAACGCUGCUUACGAAGGAGUUUGCGCUGGUGGACGCCGGUGAGAUGUCCUUAGAGCAGAUUCAACGGGACGCUGUAGGAAACAUCAUCGCUGGCACCGACACUACAGCACUGACGGCCACCAACGCUGUCUGGCUACUCUCGCAGCACCCGGAUAUUGAGCAAAAGCUAAUCAGGCAGGUCUCGGAACUCCCGAGCGACUUCAAGAACGAUGAUUUGCAGAAAGUAAGCUUGCUCCAGAGCAUCGUUAACGAGACACUCCGCCUGCGCGGAACAAUCUCCCAGGGCUUACCCCGAACGGUGCCUCCUGGUGGAGCAGAGUUCUGCGGCUACUUUGUUCCUGGAGGCAGCGUGUGCGGGAUACAGUCGCACACGAUGCACAGGGAUCCCUCCAUAUGGCCUCAUCCAGAGGUGUUCGACCCUUCUCGGUGGGACGAGCCGACAAAGGACCAGCUCCACGCUUUCUUGCCGUUUGGUGGAGGCAGUCGUGUUUGUUUGGGCAUGCACUUUGCGCAGCUGGAACUUCGCCACGCUCUAGCGAACUUUUACCGUGCUUUUCCCUACGGGGUGCGGGCGUCGCAGGCGGAGGGUUUCACUGAGGCAGAUAUGACACCGAUGGCUUUCUUCAUCGAUGGACCCAGGGGCAAGCGAUGUUUGAUGGAAAGUCGGAAGGCCAUGACAUCUUAG